ACAGCCAAGGAAAUCUUCCGUUCUCAAACCAACCUAGGCAAUUCGCCGCAGCCUCUCACCCUCGCGAGUCCCGACCUCCCGCAGCCGCCGCACAGAUGGCACCCAAGGCGGAGAAGAAGCCGGCGGCCAAGAAGCCCGCGGAGGAGGAGCCCGCGACAGAGAAGGUGGAGAAGGCUCCGGCGGGGAAGAAGCCCAAGGCCGAGAAGCGCCUCCCGGCGGGCAAGUCCAAGGAGGGCGGCGAGGGCAAGAAGGGGAAAAAGAAGGCGAAGAAGUCCGUGGAGACCUACAAGAUCUACAUCUUCAAGGUGCUGAAGCAGGUGCACCCCGACAUCGGCAUCUCGUCCAAGGCCAUGUCCAUCAUGAACUCCUUCAUCAACGACAUCUUCGAGAAGCUCGCGGCCGAGUCCGCCAAGCUGGCGCGCUACAACAAGAAGCCCACCAUCACCUCCCGCGAGAUCCAGACCUCGGUGCGCCUCGUCCUCCCCGGCGAGCUCGCCAAGCACGCCGUCUCCGAGGGCACUAAGGCCGUUACGAAGUUCACCUCGUCUUAGGAUCCUUGUAAUGGUCAUGUGGGCGUCGGCGGUAGGCGUGGCUCAGUUUAUGUGAUACUGCUAGCGAUGGAUGAUGAUGAUCUGCGUGUAAUUGAAUUAAAGAAUUGUGCUGAUCUUUCUACAACACUGUUCCACAUCACUCGUUGCCCGCCAGUGAGCCGCCAAUUACAUGUGCAAAUCUACAUCAACUUUCUGA